UUUUGAUUGGAAAUGCCACAUAGUGAGAUUGGUCGCCCAAGAUUCUUGCAGAAAAGAGAAACUUCUAAACCUUAAGAAUGGAGAAGUCAUGGUUGUUAUGGACUGGGCAAUGAAAUUCCUCCCUUUAUUGUUCAGAGAAAAACAAAGUGAUUGGUUUGGACAGAAGGGGCUGAAUUGGCAUGUAACUGUUUGUGUUUUUAAAGAUUAUGAAAAUCAGCUUAAGCAUCGUACAUAUGUUCAUGUUAUGGAUGGUGUUAAACAGGAUUGGUACAGUGUAGCAUGUAUGCUGCAACAUGUACUAUUAGCUCUGAAAAAGCAACAACCUACUGUGACAACAGCAUUUUUGAGAAGUGACAACGCAGGGUGUUACCACUGCAGUAAUUUAUGGCAUGCUGUUCCAGCAAUAUCAGAAGAAACAGGUGUAAAUAUACAAAGGUACGACUUUAGCGAAUCACAGGAUGGCAAGUCAUAUUGUGAUGCCAAAAUAGCACACAUGCGAGCAAAGCUGAGGAAAUAUGUAAGCAAUGGGGGCAACAUAUCAUGCUCUGCAGAUAUGAAGAAGGCUUUGGAUGACGGAGAGGGUGUUCCAGGAUGUCAAAUUGCCCAUGUUGACAUUCCUCUACCAGUAGAUCAAUUGACGCUCCAGCGUAAAAUAAAGGGAAUUACCAAGAUUUCAAACGUACAAUUUGAAAACUGGUGCCAAUUAAAAUAUUGGAAAAACUACAACAUUGGUGAAGGUCAAACUAUGUCAAUAACUCCAAUUAAUCUUGAGUCAACUUUAAAUGUUUUGUCAGACUUUAAAGUACCUUGUAAAGAUACUGGAAAUAUACUAGCUGCCCGAGAAAAACAACCCUCUGAGGAAAGUCAGUCUGAUGUUAAUCUGACUUGUCCGGAACACAACUGCAAUGCAGUAUUGCAUUCAUAUUCAGAGCUUAAUGACCACUGUUUUGUUGGUGACCAUCACUACAUGUCCACUUUUGAUGGAAUCAAAAUGAAAUGGCGUGACAUAUGUCUAGAUAUAGAUACAACUUCGUCAAAAACAAAACACAGUACCCUUUCAGCCGGCACGAGUGAAUUGUCCCUUGGAUGGGCAUUGAAAAAGGAUAGAAAAAAUCAUCGUUUUUCAGAGAAGGUAAAAGUUUACCUGAAAGGUGUAUUUGAUGAGGGUGAAAGUAGUGGCAACAAAGCCAACCCAGUUAAUGUUUCUCGGAACAUGAGAGUUUGCCAUGAUGGGGAUGGAAUGAAAAUGUUUACACCAAAAGAAUACUUACAACCUAGUCAAAUCACUUCCUAUUUUUCAAGACUAGUAGUGCUGUCCAGAGCUCCAGCAACAGAUGUAGUUGAAGACGAUAUUGACAGCACCAUAGCUAUAAUUAAUCAAGCUGAAGCAUUGGAAGAACUUGUUAAUAUUUUUGUUUGAGAGUGCUUGCUGUAAAAUUUAUAAGUUAUUGCUUGCAUAUAUAAUUAUGAUUUCAUUUAAGGAGCAACUGUAAUAAUUUUUCUUUCCAUGGAGAAAUAGCAUAAAAAAGGUGGUGCACACUA